GUUCUGUGGUUUAUUUUUUGUCUUUUAGCUUCGAAUGUAAAUAUGGCUCCAAAAAGAACUACAAAAUCUACGAAAUUAUUAAACUCAACAAAUUACAGUACGCUAGUGUUAAAUGAUGUUCUUUGUCCAAUAUGUAGGAGUAUAUUGAUAGAACCAGUGUCUCUUCCUUGUAACCACGACUUUUGUUUAGUUUGCUUCGAAAAUACUAUGGAAAAUGCAAAUUUAGUUUGUCCUCUCUGCAGGAUGAGAGUUGGAUCGUGGUUAAGAAAAACCAAAAAAGAAAAUAGUCUAAUCAAUACAGAACUCUGGAAGUAUAUUCGAGAUAAAUUUCCUAAACAUGUUAAUAACAAGUUGAAUGGUAUAGAUGAAAACAUAAUUGAAGAACAAAGAGAUAUCGUCGUAGCGUAUCCCGGAGAAAUAAGAAAAGAGUAUGAAAUGCAAAAACAAAAGGAAGAUGAAGAACAAAGAAAAAAACGUGAAGCCGAAAUCAAAGCCAGUGAAGAAUUGAUAAAGAAACUAAAAGCAGAGGAGGAUUCAAGGAGAGUUAUGUUGGAGGAAAAAAUGAGAUUGGACGAAGCCAUAGCUAAAAAAUUGGCAGAAGAACUUGCGCCUAAACCCGAAUCUACCCCAAAAAUAAAACAUACUCCCAACAAACUAGGUCCAAUGGAUAAAUUUUUACAAAAAGAUAAUGGGAAUCUUUCUUCAAAUCAUAACAACUUUGUUAAUAAGGAGUAUACUUGCAGAGUCUUGUGUUUAGAUAAUAAUACAAAACAAACCAAUAUUCAACAUUUCUCGCCCAAAAUCCAUAAAAAAAUUCAACAAAUACAAAAAAUCGUCGACUUGGAUUUGUCUAGUGAUAGUAGUGAUUGCAUAGAAUCUGAAAUGAGAUAUUUUAAACCCAUAGAUCAUAGACUUAACCCUCCAACACAGAAGAUUUCUCCUAUUAAAAUAACUCCUAAAAAAAUCAAAAGUGAUACAAACACAAGGAUAGUAUCUCCUAGCGGCACCAUCAACUUCAAUUCAAACAUUCUCGAAUCCGCAUUUGCUAGAUUUUCUCUUGAUCUCAAAGAAUCCUCAGAUACUCCAGCCUCAAUUGAACUCACAUUAACUCCACUUACCUCUAAACGCCCCUCAUUAAAACGAUCUUUAUACACAGUUAAUACCGAUUGUGCAUCAACAGAAAAAAAAUUCAAGCCCAACUCGAGUGUUUCUCCAACAUUAGAUUGUGAUAUAUCUCCGGUGUUUCGUAAAAAAUUAUUUGGAGAAACUAAAAAAUCGGUAACGAGCGUUGAAAAUCCAUUUUAUGGAUUUGGUAAAGGGGACGAAAAAGAAUCAAAAGUCGACGUUCGAAAGAAUGGUUAUUCGUUUUCAGAUAAGUUGAAAGAAGAACAAGAAAAAGCCGAUUUGGAGUUUGCUAAAAGGCUUCAGGAAGAAUUCGACAAGGGGCGUUAUACGAGGAGUUCUAGAAGUAUGCAUAUUUCCAAGAGGCAAAGCACUCUUGAUAAAAUGAUCAAGAGUACCUACAGGAUUAAAUGAAAUUUUUACUAAAUUUUUCAGGUAAGUUAAUUUACUUUAUAUUAUAUAAAUACAAUUUUCAUGAUAUUAACAAUGAUUUUUAAAUUUAUUAAUUAGAUAUACACUAAUACAUACUUUUCUUUUUUGUAUUACGAUUCAAAUAAAAAAUUCCAAAUUAUAUGUGAAUAGUUGACAAUUUUUAAUCUUUUUAUACUUUUCUCUCGCGCAUAAUUUUUUGAAUGACUUACUAAAUUACAAAACAAACUUGUGAGGUUAUGUUUAUGGAAAUGUAAAACUCCCCCACAUAAUGACAAUCAAGUAACCUAGGAGUACUUUAUACAUAGAGAAGCUUCAUUCUAAUUUCGAGGUUAUGUGUUUGUUUUAUUUCGGUGUUUUUUUUGUGAUUCUUUGUGUAGUUCAGUGAUUCUUCAAUACCUAACCUUUAUUUAUUGACGAAAUUUUACAAGUAUGUUGUUAUACUAUAAGUAGUUGAAAAACAAUCUAAAAUUUAUCCGUUUUACAUAGCUCGAGUAGAUAAAAAUUACGUAAAAUUGAAUGAAACUGUUAUUGUUGCUAAAUUAUCUUGAUUAUAGGUCUACUUGAUAUAAUUUUCUUAUCUUAUCUGUCAAACAAUUAGAAUAAACACGAAUAUAACCUAGAAAUACCAAUAUUGGUUAGUUGAUUAUCAUUGCUCCCACAAUAGGAUGAAAUUGUUUUAUUUAAAUUAAAUACCUGACUAAUUGCGAUGAUUUUGUACAUUUAUUUUUCAAAUAAUUAUUUUAAUCAAUGUUAGAAUUUAAUGAUAAUCUGACUUUAUUUUUCUUACUGUCAUUCUUAUUGAUAAUACAGUGUGUCCAAUUAAGAACGUAGAAUCGAUAUUAUUGUUAGGAGAUUUUUUGUUUCCGUGUACACUGUUUUUACCCAAUUUUAAGUAAAUACACUUUAAAAUAUUUGUUUAUAUAUUGUAAUAAUUUGGUGAAUACUUUAUUUUACUCUACUUUUUUGGAUACUAAGUGUACAAUUUAUAUUAAGACUAUCUGAAUAUUUCUUGUGCCUAUGAUGUAUUUUUUAUUUUUAAUACGCUGAAAUUGUGUGAAAAUAACAAGAUUUUUGUUAUACCACUUUUAAAACUGAGUUAUGGUAUUAUUUUCCAUAUAAUUAUUCAUGUAAAUUCGUUUAUUUUCAUGAUACGGUUCAAGUAGAUUUACAUUACGAUUUACAAACAUAACUCACAUUAGGAGUAGGUAUAUCUGAUAUUAUAUAUAUUUCUAGCACCUCGCCAUAGCUAAUUAUUCGAAAAAUAUCGAUUGUACAUUUAUUUUUUCAUGUUUUUUAAUCAGAUUAAGUCAAAAAAAAAAUACAGUGUGAGUAAAAAAGUAGGGAGAUGUGGAUAUAGGUACAAAUUUUUAUUUUAUCAUUAAUAAUUACUUUCAACAGGACCGGCUCAAAUAAAAUUAAUUUAUACUAGAAAUGUAUCAAUAACAUUAUUUUUUAUCGUGUACAGGAUUAUUUAUUAUUGAUAAUCCAUCGAUUUUAUUGUUGUAUACAAACACAAAAAAGAAUAUUUAUCGAAAUAUUUUAUUGCCCACUAAUUUAAUUGUUUUUUUUUUCGUAAGAGGGAUUUAAAAUUAUUUUUCACGUCUCCUCUUCUCAUAUUAACCAUUGAUUUGUUUUAAAGUCAAUUUCAAGUCAUUUGUUAAAUAAUGCAAAAGAGUAUUAUGUAUUAAAAAAUAUAUAUUAUAAUUAAGCUUUGUUCAUAUUAGAAGAAGUCACAUUGAUGUAACUUGAUAUAUCGCUGUGAUAUGACAGCUGUUGUUUUAUUUUUUAUUAAAAAAUUAUGAAAGUU